GUUGUAGUUUUUUAGCGCAAGUUGGUGCGAAAAUGCUGCAAUACUGAGCAUGUGGUGGACGAAAUAGUAGAAAAAGCAAAAAUAUUUUUCACCAAAACAACCUGACAGAGUUUGACUCAUGACAACAUUUCACGCAUUUCCAGCAGCGGGAGUGAUAGGUCCUCUGGCACAGUACUAACGUUACACAGUUUGCAUUUGUAUUCCGCCGAACUAAAUACAGCUCUAUUGAAGGGCGAUUUUUUUUUCUAACACGCCAUAACCCAAUUGACAUUCGCUGUCUUUCGUCAUCAUCAACUCACAAAACUACAAGUUUCGCGAAAAGCGAUGGUUUUGUGCGAAUCAAAUCUUUCGGUACUCAUUUUGGUGCACUAGUUUGCGAGUUUGCCCAAAGCAAGCGGUAAGCAAGAUAAACUCGAAAAAAAAAUUUAAAAAAAAUGGGCGGCCAAGCGCUGAGUUUGUCGCAGAAAAUUCUCCCCAACGACACGGUUGACUCACUGCAGUUCGAGAUAAAGAAGCAAGUGCACAUUUUCUCCGAGAUAAACAAUCUUGCUUACGAGGACUUUCAGAAAUGCCUCACCGACCUCAACCGACUCUCGCGAAAAUGCCUUGAUCCAAGCGGCAAGCAGCUAGUAUUCGCUGUAAAGAAGGGCACGGAUAAUUCUAUUCUGUGGAAGCGAACAGUUCGCAUCGCCUGUGUGAAGAUUGAGCCGGAAACAUGCAAGGUCGACUGUUUCAAGCUGCUUACAUUGCAGCAGUUCUUGCGAGUAUUCCGCACGUUCCAAACAAACCUCCACGCGAUAGUGACUGUAGAGAGCCAGCGAAUCCACAGCCCCGCGGCGAGCCCCUCUAAAUCGAGUCGUACGAGCGCGAGCUUUAACAGCACCGUAAACGUCGAUGGGGAUGGUGAUGACGGACAGACAAAUGAACCGGAUCCGUGUGGGGGGGAGGCAAGAUCGACGACCCCGACUUCCUCAUCCGCGUCGUCCUCCUCGGCUGCGUUUACUUUUCCGGAAGGUACCACUGCUUCGGUGCUGAUGGCCCACGUUGAUGCUAUCACGGCGGCUGGUGCGAUCCCAGGGAUAGCUUCUGCCGGCAGCGAUCAGAAUGAGUGUUGCAUCUGUUUGGAGCGCAAACCCGAGGUAUCUCUCCCAUGCGCGCACAGCUACUGUAUGCCCUGCAUCGAGCAAUGGAAUAUCCAUCAAAAAACGUGUCCUAUCUGCGAUGAAGCAUUGGCGAGCACCGACGACACUUGGGUCCUAUCCGAGAUGCCAGAGGCCGACGAGGUCAGCGAAGAAAUUUGCGCCACGCUAAUGAAACUGUCGGCCGAGACCGUGGAUAAUGAAAGCGAGAAGAAUUGGUGGCGCCGCAUGCUGAAUUUGUGAUUUGUGCCUGACUUACACCAGGUGCCCUGAAAUUACCGUAGAUGACGGGUAUUAAGACCCUACAUCUAUUAAGACCCUACAUCUAUUAAGACCCCCCUCAUUUUUAGAUCAAAAAUUUAAGAAAAACCUAAAUUACUUUAUUUUCAUUUUUUAACGACUUUUUUAUAACUCAUUCGUCAUAGAAAUUAUGAAAUUCUUCAGUCUCAAACAUAUCUUCUGUUUCCAAACAUUGAUUAACCAGUUUUCUAGCUAAUUCUUCCAUGUCAUCAUCAUCUGUGUCUGAGGAAUCACUUUGGGCAAAAAGAGCAUCAUCCUCAGAGCCAGCUAAUGCAUUACUAAUACCUGCUUUUUAAAUGAUUUGAUGAUAACAUCUUUCUUGAUGGAAUCCCAUGAAGUUUUCACCCACUGGCAGACUUGUGAGAUUGUUGGCCUCUUUAUCAAGCCCCAUGAAGAUAAAUUUGUAUCAGAUUCACUCAUCCAUUUGGUCCACUCCUCCUUCAUAUUUGCCUCAAAAGGGUUAAUUGAUACUGAUAUCAAGAGGGUGCAAUUGACUUGUGCGACCACCUGGAAUGACUGCUAACUGGGUUCUCAGUUCUUUAGCCUUUUGCUUUACCUUUUCCGUCAAAUGCCCUCUAAACUAAUCAAAAACCACAAGAGAAUUCUUCUUCAACAGGCCUCCAGGUCGCCUAGACCAUACCUUAUUAAACCACAAGUCCAUGCCUUGCUGGUCCAUCCAUCCUUUUCAAUGAACAUGAAUCAAUACUUCUGUGGGGAUUUUGUCCUUAGGCAGGGUUUUACGUUUGAAGAUUAAAAGGGGAGGCAACUUGGUGCCAUCAGCCAUGCAUUAACGGGUUAAUCCAGCCAGCCGAGACGCUGACUACACCUAUUAAGACCCCCCUGGAUUUUAGACUGACUUUUUUUUGCAAAAAAGGUGGGUCUUAAUACCCGUAAUCUACGGUACUUCAUUUCUCGCGCUUUAUUUGGUUUGAUUUGAUUUGUUUUGCACCCGGGAGAAUGGUGAAAGUCAAUGAAGAGCGCAAUGGAUACAUCGACCAAAACGGAGUCAUCGUUUUCAUUAAUGUUUUAUCUUGUUUAGUUCCCUUGAAGUUCUACUUGUUGUCUUUAGCACAGAUUAUUUGUUUUUACAGUCUAGCUGAAAUGCCCCAACAUAUGCUAAUUGUGAACAUUUACAUAAAAGUAAUUAGAAUAACGCUCACGUCUGCUAACUAGUCCACAAAAAAAUAAAAAUCAAAUGAAAGUAAGCUUAAGGAUUAUUUUCGAUGC